CCCAAUGCAAACAUCGGACAUGGACGACGCCGAAUGGCAAGUGCGUUUGUGAAUUCAAUAAGUAACAACCCCUUCCCCUCCAUCUGGCCCUUUCCCUCUCCUCCCUCCUCAUCACACCUUCAAAGCACAACAGCAAUCCAAUCUCAUCUACAAUCUUCUGCUUUUAACGCAAAAGCAGAAUCAACUAUCAAAUCAGAUCUUCUCGAUCAACCACAUAGCAACAACUCAAAAUGACAGAACCUCUCUCCAAGGUCGAUUCAGCCGUUCAGGGCCUCUCAAGCUCACCUCCCGCCAAGGAUGACAAGAAGACGCGGCGACAAAGCUCAGCAGCAGCACCUGGCGUUUACAACGUCAAUGACCUUGAGGCCGAGGGUAUUGAACUCGAGCUCGCACCCGAGACCCAGAAGACGGGAUGGAAGAUCAACACCAGCCCCAACACAAUAGAAGACCCUGCCAUCCUCAAGCUUCAUCUGUCAAAACCGCCCGUCAAGAGAAUCGACCUUCACUUCCCACUAGGAAAGGAGGUAACAGCACGAAACCUCAAGGGUGUAACAAUCAAGGAUGCACUAGACGCUAUCCACAAGGCAUAUAAGAAGCGGGCCGAUGAUGAGCUCGACAAGCCCUACCUCGCUGGUUUCGAGUGGGACAAGGAAGAGUCAUGGACCCAACUUGUUGUUCACCUUCAGGCUCAGCCCACGAGCACAACAUUGGGUGGUCCUUCCGGUGGUGGAAAGAAGAAGAAGAACAAGAAGCAAGACGAGUAAUAGCUUCAUUCCACUCCGGUAUCUGUCUCAAUAGUUCCUAUAAUUCUUGUUCGUUUCGCUGGUUUCGUUGCGAGUCGGCGCUCGGGAUAUUGCGUCUAGAUAUUCUCGGCCUGGUCAUGUUGUUUGCGACUGCUGGAAGCGUCGCUUGGUGUACACCUCUAUAGUUCUUGUUAUCGCUGGUCGAUUCGGUCAGCGUUUGAGGUUCCAUGUAGCGUGGUUCCUCGAUAUAAUUUAUACAUUCCCCACACAA